UUUGCUUAGAAUGAAGACUGCUAUUGCAAUCCUCUUCUUAUCCGUCAUUUCAGUUCUUGCAGCACCAGCCAAGAAUUCGAAACCGUGAGUCUAAUCUCCACCCGAGGUGAGCGAGUCUAACAUCCGCCAUAGUAACAGAAAGCCUGUGCAAAUCCCUACAAAUAUUCAGCCCGAUGGAUACAAGUCGAGAUACAGCUUGUGAGAAAUUCAUAGCCCCUUAAAUGUUCAAAACUCAUCAGACAAGAGCUACAUACCUCCAUCAAGUGCCCUUCAGUGAGUCUACUUACUAUCAUCAUCAUGCUCUCAUCUUAUAAACUGUUAGACAUUCCUGUUUCCUCGAUUGAAACGCCCUUACGCAACCCAAACCCUCUAGACAUUGACCUCAUUAUCAUUCCGCCCAGGAAAAGUCACCUCAAUCCUCAUCUCAACCCAUUGAAUCACACCAAUUCUACUGUACACGCUAUCGACAAGCGCUUCAUCAAUCCUUUCAAUCUUGAGAACCAUAAAGAUCACGAACCCUCUGUUGAAUGUAAUCAUUCAGGCGUAGCCCAAGUCCUUGACUGUCCGAUCGAAGACUUCGCUGCGCGCUGGCUCACGACUGAGCCCGAGUGCAUGGACUGGACAACGGCUGAAUGUGCCCAAUUCCCACCCGAUAUGCGUAAUAUUAUGGACAUCGACUUGAGGCUGGCAUGUAAGCGGCAUGAUUUUGCGUACCGCAGUCAUCGAAAAUUCGACGGACAGUUUACUUUGACACACAGAGCGAAGGCCGAUAGACAAUUCAUGCGUGAUGUCUUUGCUGCUUGUGAGGAUGUGGAAGACCCCGAGAUUGAGUGCCGAACUGUCUCAGGAAUGUUCUACGAGUGGGUAUUGAAGCAUGGUGAUGGAUAUUCGAGGAUUGACCCACAUAAGGGGCUUGUUGUUGAAGGAAUCAAGUCUGUACCAGCAUGAGCAACGAGGUCUCCCAUGGGGACGUGUUGAAAGAUCAACGCACGGUGCGAAUUCUA